AUGAUAUAAAUAUCUACUUAACAUAACUACAAAUUCUUAGCUACUAUUUUAGGUCUUUUAAUAGCAAGUGUAUGCUCUGAAAUUUAACUACAAAUAAAUCAAAAUACAUAUCAUGAGUUAGUAGAAUACUCUCCUCGUUUCUUUGAAGGAGAAACCCUAACUUAUAAGCUAUCAAUAUAAAGUUUAGGGAAGUCAUAUUUUUAUUUCAUAGCUCAAGAUGAAGGGAAUUGCAGUUAAUUUUUAACUUAGAUUAUAUAAGAAAAUAUUUAAUCAUCAUAAGUGGAUAAUUAUGAUCAGGAAAUAUGCAAAGAAAGUAUGUUCAAGGAAAAUAAUUUUUGCAAAUUUGAACUUUUGAAUAAUAAUCAUUUGUUCAAAAUUUUAAUAAAAUGUGUGAGCAAAAGUUGUUUUGUUAGAAGCAACUUUUUUGUUUAAUAAGCUGAAAUUAGAUUUGAAUAUAUACAUGUAGAAGGAUCAAUAAAUAUAGAAAGACCCAUUUUUUAGAUUAAAUAUAAUUUAAAAUAGGAUAUUAAGUAAUAUUUUUUGAUUAAUUCCUAAGAGAUAAAAGAUAUGUUUUUUGAACACUAACUAAAUGACUAGAGCUUAUAAUUUUGA